ACGAGUAGACGUACAAACAGCAAGAUGGAGUUGGAAAGGCAGCCUACGAAGACGAUUGGGAUGCCAACAAGGCUAAUUUAUGAUGUCUUAGUGGGAAUAUUCAUCUCAAUUUUAAUUUUAAUAGGUCUUUACUACAUCCUCUCAGGCUAUGGUGAAAGAUUUGAUAUAGGAUGGUUCCUGACAGACACCUCACCGUACAUGUGGGCCAUGAUUGGUAUUGGCCUCUCCAUCUCACUCUCUGUGGUAGGAGCCGCCUGGGGCAUCCACACAACUGGAGUCAGCAUCCUGGGGGGUGGAGUGAAAGCACCGCGAAUCAAAACCAAGAACCUUAUCAGUAUCAUUUUCUGCGAAGCUGUGGCCAUCUAUGGAAUCAUAAUGGCCAUCGUGAUCAGCAACAACGCUGAGGCGUACGAUGAUGCUAUUGUGAGACUGCCACAGAAUGCAGAGGCUUUGAGAAGUAAUUAUGCUGCUGGCUAUAAGAUGUUUGGAGCUGGGUUGACAGUGGGACUAACAAACCUGGCUUGUGGCAUCUGUGUGGGUAUUGUUGGUUCAGGGGCUGCCCUGGCGGACGCCCAGAAUGGCAGCCUCUUCGUGAAGAUCCUCAUCGUGGAAAUCUUUGGCAGUGCUAUCGGGUUGUUUGGCAUCAUCGUGGCCAUCUUACAGACAAAUGGAGCUAAAAUGGGAAAUCCUUAAUGCAGAUUUAAUCCAGGUGCAAGGUGAAAAAUCUACAACUACUGCAAGCCACGAGCCACUCUGCAAAACUCUGUGUGGAGUACAUCAUUCGUCUCAUUUGUAUAGUUCCAUUAUUCACAUCGCCUGAUUUCAUUUUUGUGAUUUCAAUAAGUUGAUAUUAAUUAUUGUUCAUCUGAAAAAUAGUGCAGUGAUAUUGAUUUGUAUACACAUGUAUUGGGUUACACAAACUAUCUGAAUAUUUCAAAUUAUUUCACACACCUUUAAGAUGACAGAUCAGAGUUGGAUAAGCUUGCACUAAUCACUUCAGUUGCAAGUUCAAGUCCAGGCUUGGCAUUGUCUUAAUUUUCUGGGUCAGUUUCUAAGACCACUGUCUUCAGUUUUACACAGUUUGUCUUUGUUGGUGUUUAUUCUACUGGAAAUGUAUCAGAAUUAGGAAACAUUCCUAUAUGGAUUGCAAUUUAUUAAAAUGUAUCUUUCACUCUAGAUAUAGUUUCAUUGAAGCAUAAUUUUGUGCACUCUUAAGUUGGCUGUGUCCAUAUGUGUAAGAUACCGUAUAUUAUUAAAGUAUGAGAGAAAUAUUUGUAUUUUAGGUGUUCAGUGAACAUUCAUUAUAAUUGCUGAGGCACAAACAUACCAGAUUUAUUUAUAAUGUAAAAAAUUAUCUGUUGGAUUGUUAUUAAAUCAACAAUGUUGUGUUUAGUGUGUAAUCAAGCCCACAAAGGUUGCAAGUUCAAAUCCAGCCAUGGUAUUUGUCAGGAUUUAGAAAAGGUCUUCAUCUACGUGCCUGGGGUUUUGUAACAGCUUGUUCUGGGUUGUACUUUAACUUGAUUCUGGUUUUAUCUACUGGUAAAAGUUCAGAUAUCAUAUAAAACUUGAUGAGAAGAUUCUGUGUGAUUGAAAUAGUAGAUAUAAAUUACUUUAAAACAGAUAAACGUGUGCAAGUUUAAAAAGUUGGUAAUCAGUUGGCAGAACAUGACUGUGCAGAUGCAAAAUGUUGAUUCGCUAAGCUCUUCGUAUUACUGUCUGUCAUAUACCUACUCCUUUCUGUACAUCACAACAGAAAAUACAGUAUAUAUGUGAGGAUUGUGGGAAAGUUGUUCAUGCUAGUAUUUCGGGUAAAAAGCUGUCAAUUACAUGUCUGUGUGUAUAUUACAAUAGUGAUCUGAAAACUGUAAAUAGCCGAAAUUAGCUUCUGUUCUGCCACAGAUUGAUGAUCUGCAAGUAUUUGUUUACUCUGAUUUGUAAGAGAAUCAAGCAGUAUAUGUCUUUAUGUGUUCUGACAGUGGAUAAAAUGUAAAUAUUUAGGUUGAUUGAGGCUUUCAAGCUCCGGGCCGGAGAGCUUAUCUUUACUUGAAAGUUUUCAGUUUGCUUUGAGUUCUUAAUAGGAGCAUAAUACGUACAAGAGUGACCUUUGUAAUGGAACAGCAGUAUAACAGUUCAGCCUGUCUGUUACAAGGUACAUAUUGGACUCUUGUGUAAGAUCUACAUCUACUGUAAAAUAUUAAUUGUCCCAAUCAGCUCAUGACUUUCCAUCCCAUGUGUGACAAAAUGUUCGGGUCCAACCUGUAAAAGGAAUUUCAGUUGUCAAGUUAUGCAAGAAAUAAUAAUUUAGUUGACUGAUGAUUUGAGUGUACGGUUUCUGGUAGGUCAUUGGAUGCACCGGCUUUAAGGGGCAUUGAUAAUCUAGUCACAUAGUUCAAGCACCAUAGUACAGGUUCCGCGAGAGAAACGAAGGAAACUGGAAACCUCAAGGUUGGAAGACUGGUUGGUAUUUUUUACAAGGCAUGGUCACUGUUUAAGAUGAACUGCAAAGUGACAAUCAAUGAAGUGAAAAAACCCAUGUAUUGGACUGCAGCUUGUGAUUAGAAUGUCGAUGAUAUACAAUGAUAAUUAAUAAUCAAUGUAUGUUUCAUAGUUUUAUCGUGUAAUCUGUCCAGGUGUAACUGACAAGCACCUGCAGGCCCACUUAAUUUUUCACCUGUCCAGGUAGAUACCGAGCCAGUGGGUACUAUCAUUUGUUAUUAUCCGGACUAGAUCCAUGCUGUGUUGUGGAUGGAGAAGGUAAAAUGAUGUACAAAGUAAAUAGAACAAAGAAAUAAUAAAAAAUUCUAUCCCAACAGA